AUGAAACUCUUUCCAAAUCCUGGAACAUCAAAUCAACCAGAACUUACCGAAACGACAAAUACAAAAGAAUAUUCGACUUCAUCAAACACUGGAAACAAUUCAAUUACCGAUACAUUAACAGCCGUAAUAAAUGAAAAAAAUUUUGAACCAGAAAUAACUAACUGUGGAAAUUCGGAAAUAAUUGAAACAAAGCAAUCCAAAGAACUUCCUCCUAUAACAUUAAAUUUGCAAGAUAUUCAAGCCCCUUUAAAUAACAAUGAGCUUGGAGCUGAAGGUAUGACUUUUGCGACAAUAUCUACUAAGGGAUUAGAUGCGGUGGUGUCAACAAUUAAAGGAAAAAAUCUCGCUAGAAUUCCAAUACAGUAUUUAAAACCCAGCAAAGACGUUGUUGAAAUAGGAAAAAACGCCAAAUUUUACUUACCGUUAGACUGCAUGGAGAGAAUUCAAGACGAGGCACAACAAGAUUGGCGAAAAUUUAUACGCGAAACGCUAGAUGAAGUGUACGGAGAAAAUAUUUAUCGAGCACGCGAAAUGACGAACAAAACGGUGGCUGAAAAAGCAGUAGUAAAAUGCAUCAAUCAACAUUGCGUAAAUAAAAGAAAAUAUCUGUCCCCAGAAUCAAUGAAAAAAAUUGGAAAAAAAUCAAAAGAAAAAGAAGAAGACGAUGAAUACGAAGAGGAUGAAGACGAAGAGGACGAAGACGAAGAGGACGAAGAGGACGAAGAUGAAGAAGAAGAAGAAGAAGAAGAUGAAGAUGAGGAAGAUGACGAGGAUAUCAUAGACCUAAAAUAA